GCAGCCCCCCUCGACUUUCUGGGAGGGGGACGCAUGUGCAUGGGUGUGAGAAGUGGGGGGGCUGCUCUUAAGCUGGCACAAAGAAAAGCUUUGAGCAGAAUAUUGUGGGGAGCCCCCUUCCUCUCCUCUCUCUCCACCUCAAGGCCCAGAUAUUCCCUCCCCUCCUGGAGUUUGAAGGGAAAGGUGGAAAAGAAGUGCCUGUCUUGCAAAGACCUCCCUUUACCUCUUCCUUUUCUCCGUGGCUUUGUUUUAACUUCAGGAGAUUUUAUGGGGAGGCAGGGAGAUGGGGUGACUUUACUUGGCUGCCCAAAAAGCAGGUCCACCACCUUGGAGGAGACCCCAGGAGACCUGUUAAAAACAAAGCCAAAGUUUAACCGCCGGGCGGAGGGGACAGAGUGAAGUCUGGCGGCUUUUAAAAAGUAUAUAUUUUAUAAUGGUUUUCAGCUUGAGGGCUGUUGUGGGUUUAAUUGCUGCCUGCUUUCCACUGAAAGGAACCCUAAGUGUUCUGGUUUGGGCAUGUGGUUUCUUCUCACUCGGAUGUUUUAUUGCGUUUUGUUUUGUUUUUGUUUCUCUCAUCAUUGUUUUAGCUCAUCUGGCUGUCUGUCAACAUGCUGCUUUUUUGGAAAACCUUCCUGCUUUAUUACCAAGGGCCGGAGUAUUAUUACCUGUACCAGAUGUUAGGGGAUUGUGCCUAAGCAGAGCUUCUGCCUCUGUCCUCAAUUUUAACUGCAGCCUCAUUCUGUUACCGAUGUGCCGGACGCUUCUCGCCUUCCUGAGAGGAUCCCAGAAGGUUGCAAGCAGGAAAACAAGAAGAUUAUUGGAUAAAAGCAAGACGUUGCAUAUCACGUGCGGUGUUACAAUCUGCAUCUUUUCAGGAGUGCACGUAGUUGCUCACCUACUCAAUGCCCUGCAUUUCUCCUUGAGCUACAGUGAAGAUUUUCCAGCACUGAACGCAGCAAGAUAUCGGGAUGAGGAUCCCAGGAAACUCCUCUUCACCACUGUUCCUGGAUUGACAGGAGUCUGCAUGGUGUUGGUGCUAUUUUUAAUGUUUACCGCUUCUACAUACUUUAUAAGGGUUUCUAAUUUUGACAUCUUCUGGUAUACUCACAAUCUCUUCUUUGUAUUCUACAUGCUGCUGCUGAUGCAUGUUUCAGGAGGGCUGCUCAAAUAUCAGACCAACCUAGAGACACAUCCCCCCGGCUGCUUGAAUCCCAACAGAACCCACCACAAAGAUGUUCACCCAGCAGGGCGUUUUUCUCAGCAUUUUCCUGAAUACGGUCCCAAAUCUAUCCCAGGAAGAUAUGGGAAAUCAGAACCACUGAUACAAAAUCACUUUGCCAAAGUUUGCAUGGAGGAGCCUCAAUUCCAAGCAAAUUUCCCUCAGACAUGGCUGUGGAUUUCUGGACCUUUGUGCCUGUAUUGUGCUGAAAGGCUUUACAGGUGUAUCAGGAGCAAUAAACCAGUGACUAUCCUCUCUGUGAUAAGUCAUCCUUCAAAUGUCAUGGAAGUCAGAAUGAUCAAAGAGAACUUUAAAGCCAGGCCAGGCCAGUACAUUAUUCUGCAUUGUCCAAGAGUGUCUGCAUUAGAAAAUCAUCCAUUUACCCUCACAAUGUGUCCCACACAAACCAAAUCAACAUUUGGGAUCCAUCUCAAAAUUGUAGGAGACUGGACAGAAAGAUUUCGGGAUUUACUACUUCCUCCUUCUAGUCAGGACUCGGAAAUCCUUCCCUUCAUUCAGCCCAGGAAUUAUCCCAAGGUCUACAUAGAUGGGCCAUUUGGAAGUCCUUUCGAGGAAUCAUUGAAUUAUGAGGUCAGCCUCUGCGUGGCUGGAGGAAUAGGAGUGACUCCUUUUGCGUCGAUACUCAACACCCUGCUGGAUGAUUGGAAACCAUACAAGCUGAGAAGACUGUAUUUCAUUUGGGUGUGCAGAGACAUCCAGUCUUUUCGUUGGUUUGCCGAUCUGCUCUGUGUGCUGCAUAACAAGCUUUGGCAGGAAAACCGACCUGAUUACGUGAACAUCCAGCUGUACCUCAGUCAGACCGAUGGGAUACAGAAAAUAAUCGGAGAAAAGUACCAGGCACUGAACUCAAGACUAUUUAUUGGACGACCUAGGUGGAAAGUUCUGUUCGAUGAGAUAGCCAAGUGUAACAGAGAGAAAACUGUCGGGGUCUUUUGCUGUGGACCAAAUUCAAUUUCCAAGAUUCUUCACAAACUGUGUAACCAGAACAAUUCCUACGGGACAAGGUUUGAAUACAACAAAGAGUCUUUCAGCUAAAAGCCGUUGGACUCAACCCAGGACUCUAGGGAAGGAUUGAGUGCAAUUUUUUUUAAAGACUUUAAAAGUCAGCCGCAAGUUAACCGAUCAAAGGUGCCAAAGAGUAGAAAGAUUUUUUUUAUUUAUGAUUAUUUAAAAUGGAACUAUCAGGAAUAUGGCAGAACAUCAACACGUUCAGGAUUUGAUCUUGAAACCAAAGAGGAUCAGAAGGCUUUCUGGAAGUCAGUCAAUCUGUAACUUGAAUGAAAAGAAAGCAGUUAGUGAAUUGCGCACUGUUGAUUUUAGGGCAUAUUCAAGAACCACCCCUGAGGAUCUUCAGUCCUCCUUAAAUUGCUCCCGGUUGAAGAAAUUCUAGAUUGAUGAAAAUUAAAAACUCAUUGAAAGUCAGAGGACAUUCAUUGCUUGCACAAAAACAAGAUGGCUUUGAACUGGAAAAAAAACUCCAGGCAAAUAUAUUAAAUGCUUUAAACACUGCAGCUUAGGGCUCUGAAUAAAUACGGGUACACUGUUUCAAUAAUCAAUCUGUCUCACUACUGAUGUUAAUACUCCUGUUUGAUGUAUGCGUGCAUCCUUUCCUUUAAAGUAUACCUGCUGAACAAAGACUUUGACUCUAAAUGCAAUGAACAUGUUUAUAUUUUACCUU